AUGCCACCCAAGUCACAGAAAGUGUAUAGUAAACUAGAAAAACUCACCAAAAAAGAUGCACGUCUCUUCGACAAGGAGAUGGCACUGUACAUGGCAAGGAUUACGGACUUUCAGAACUUCGUGGACCGAGUCGAUGACUGGUAUAAUAAAAACGAAAAGCGCUAUCUAAAAUUUAUGGCGCUGUACGGAGAGGAUAUAAUUUCUGAAACCGAAUUUAAAUUAGCAUUCCGUAACUUGAGAACCCCCUUUUCCGAACUGGAACAGCAUAUAAUCUGUCGAAUGGUAGAUCCAGAGAAAACUGGUCGAAUUGAAUUUUCAAAGCUAUACGAAGGAAUUUGGAAGGCCCUGGCUAACAAAUACGUUCAAGACGACGAUCCCAAUGUUCUCGAUUUAGAACGACCAGAUCAGUGGUUUCUGGCCACCUUUAAGGUGCCCACCUACGAACCCCUGGAUAUGCCGACCACAUUUGAAGCUUUAAUCAGUCAGGAACACACUGGGUUCAUGCUGCGGGAACUGAUUCGCAUGAAGGUUCCGCAACUUGCCACCAAAGCCAUUGUUGUUUUCACAGAAGCCAGCAAAUACGCUGAGACUUUGAUUAGGUGUCAGCAAAAACUAGCAGAAUUCAACUUCAGUGGCGGACCCAAAUGUGCGCCGACUGAAAUAAACCUGUAUUACGACUACACUAUGGGAAGAAUAGACUGUCCAAUGAUUAAAAACCUCCUCUACUACGGACCCAAUCAAAAGGCACAAGGUAGUGGCACCCAGCGCAAUCAAAGUCCCACGGCCGAGUGA